AUGUUUCCACCACCUCCGAUCAAGUACCAUGUUCCUCCUACCAAGCGCCAAGAGAAAAUGGUGAAUCACCUCUCAACAACAACAACAACAACACGGAACAACAACAACAACGGAAAGAAGAAGAAUCCAAUAGAUCGUCAUGUGCACUCCCUUUUCAUGCAAUCUCAGUUGUCCGAUGUCAUGAUUGGUGUUUUGCCUUCUCCUCAACAAGAUCACUAUUCUUUUGACCGGAUGCCACCAUCUGCAUACAGAAAGAACAUGAUUGAAAGAGAAGGAUUUUUUGAAUAUCCGGCACACAAAAUAGUCUUGAUUCAAGCUUUUCGAUUGAGAAAGUACAUUUUGCAACAUGAAUCAUUGAGUUUCAUUCAUUUGCAUGAUGUCUUUUCCGUUUAUGAUCCAAUUGGAUCAACAGUCUUGCCACUUUUUCAAGACAAGUGCCUCGAUGGUGAUCACCAUGAUGAUCAUCAUAACGAGGACACUCACAAAUAUGAACAUGUUCUAAUGACAUUACUAUCGCCGACAUUACCACAUGAAAUACAAGAAGAUUGUUUUCGAAGUGCUCUUUCCUUAUUAUACGGACAAGAUCUUCCUCUCUUUGACUUGACACAAGAAUAUGCUCUUCAAGUGUUUGAUUUAUUGAUGCGAAUGGGAGCUUUUGAAAUUGCAGCACAAUGGAUUCAAGACAUGUUUGUACAGUCACAGGAAAUCAAUCCAGAAAACAUGCAAUUUGCAUUAUUAAUAUGGAGGAGAUGUUUUCAAGAAUUAAGCUAUUGGAAGAGCAAGUUAGAAACCAUUAAGAGAGCCCUAAAUGAAAAGAAGGAAGAUCCUUCAAGUUUGAAUUGGAUUCAGAACACUGAGAAAAGUGUCUCUUCAUGCUCGUCUUCACAACAUUCAUCCUGCUGUGACACCACUGUGGACUCUGGUUACCAGUCAACAACCGUACUCGAUGACACUUUUAAUGAAAUUUUCAACAUUUUACAAUCUCUUUACAAAGUCAUGCAUGAGGUGAUUGUCGAACAGGUAUUACAAGUCCAAAUACAAUACUCGAGUGUUGAUCAAGAAAGCAUCGAAAAUGCGACCACAACCACUAUGAUUGAGAAUACACCGAACACGACAGGAAUCAUAAUUCGAGAAGAACCCUUGCAAAAACGAAUCAUGGAUCAUGUCCUUUCCACAUAUUUCUCUUUUGAACAGUUUUUGGCAUUUGUUGAGAGCGUUUGUUGCCCCAUAAUGACAUGGGGUCAAAUAUGUGAAUUGAUCAUGAAAUGGGCAACAAGUGACGAUACACGAUCGGUACUCUAUUUAGGCGGGUUGUUGCUGAAAGUAGAGAAAGCAUUUGACAAGUGUCGUCAGAAGGGUGGUAAGGUUCCACCACCUCCUCCGCUUUCCAAGAUCAAACCAUCUCCACCCUUGUGUCCUCCUCGACUCGUUCCAAAAUCAUCAUUAACGCCACCCUCUCAGAGAAGUGUGCCUCUCUUAUCGCAAAUUGCAGCAGGACAGUCAUUGAGAUAA